AUGGCUGACCGCCCCUACUCCCAGGCGUCCCAGCCAGACUCUAUGCACAGGACUAACUACACUCCUUUACCUCUUAAUGACGCCUCUUCUUUUGCUCGUCCGCAGCCACAUUACACAGGUUAUCCUGAGGGCAUGGAUUCCCCACGCGAUUCCUACGUUCAGUCGGUUGCUGACUCCCAUACUUACCUUCCAACAAGAACCGAAGGCUACUACAAUGGUGACAAUGGUGGAUAUGGAGAGAAGGCGGCGCCUCUCGUCACUCCGCGCACCAAACCGAGACGCACCGGGCGGUUCAUCAUUAUCGGUGUAAUUCUUUUGGUUGUUGUUGCCGCGGCGGUUGUCAUUCCCCUUUACUUCGCCGUCAUCAAGCCACAUAAUGAAAAAUCUACGGGCAACUCUAGCGGUUCUAGUGGAGCUACAGGUACUACCACUGGUGCCAAUGGAAAACCUACUCCCGUUUCCGCCAUCGUCAGUGGAGGAGAUGGCACAACGGUCACGACUAACAAUGGAUCAACUUUCACUUACAAUAAUCCUUUCGGUGGAAUCUGGUAUUCCGAUCCUGAUGACCCCUACAAUAACAAUGCUUAUCCCAACUCAUGGACGCCCCCUCUGAAUCAGAGCUGGGACUUUGGUAGCAUGCGAAUUCAUGGUGUAAAUCUUGGCGGUUGGUUUGUGCUAGAGCCAUUUAUCACCCCCGCUCUGUACCAGAAGUACCCUGGCGCUGUCGACGAAUGGACGCUCAGUACUCUCAUGGCAGCCGAUACAGCCAGCGGGGGCCUGAACCAGCUAGAGGACCAUUAUAAGACGUUCAUUACUGAAGAGGAUAUUGCCCAAAUAGCAGCGGCCGGUUUAAGCUGGGUCAGAAUACCGAUCCCAUACUGGGCCAUCGAAGUAUGGGACGGCGAACCUUUCCUUGCCAAAACCAGUUGGAAGUAUAUUGUACAGGCACUUCAGUGGUGCAGAAAGUAUGGGCUCCGUGUGAAACUAGAUUUACACACAAUUCCAGGAUCUCAGAACGGCUUCAACCACUCUGGAAAGGAUGGCCAGAUCAACUUCCUCCAGGGCAUAAUGGGCAUUGCUAAUGCGCAGCGGGCACUGAACUAUAUUCGAAUCAUUACUGAGUUCAUUUCGCAGCCCGAAUGGCAGAAUGUAGUGCAAAUAUUUGGGAUCAUGAACGAAGUUCAAGUCAAAGUCAUUGGCAUGACUGAAGUUCGCGGCUUCUAUGUGGAAGCUUACGAGAUGAUCAGAGGCAUUACUGGUAUCGGUAAAGGGCCUUACAUCAGUAUUCACGACGCUUUCCUUGGGCUCCAAAUCUGGGAGGGAUUCUUGGAGGGAGCUGAUAGGGUUAUGCUCGAUACUCAUCCCUACUUUGCAUUUGAUGGUGGAGCUGCAACUGAUCCCAUUGACACUGGAGUUGGCCCAGGAGCGGGAGGAACUUGGCCACAAGCUGCAUGCAACCGAUGGGAGAAAAUCAUGAACACUAGCCGUACCAACUUCGGUGUUACCUUUGCUGGAGAGUUCAGCAACGGUUUCAACGACUGUGGAUUAUUUUUGACCGGCGUUGGCGGCUCUACCACGUAUGGCGGCAACUGUCAGGAUUGGCAAGACUCCUCACAAUGGACUCCUGGAACUGUAGCUGGUCUUUUGGCCUUUUCUUCCGCCAGCAUGGACGCCUUACGAGAUUGGUUCUUCUGGACGUGGAAAAUUGCUCCCUCGAACAGGGGGAUUGUUGAGUCUCCACUUUGGUCAUAUUCGCUCGGUCUUGCAGGUGGCUGGAUUGCCAAAGACCCAAGAACGGUUGUUGGGUCGUGUGGUCCUUCUAUAGGCCCCGUUUUCGACGGCACAUUCGAGCCUUGGAUGACUGGCGGCGCUGGUGCCGGCACUCUUGACCCCACUGAGACUGUUCAGUACCCAUGGCCACCUGCGUCUUUAGUUGAUGGCAAUAUUCCUAGCCAAAUGCCAGUCUACACCUCCACCGGAUCAGUUGUCACUCUCCCAAUGCCCACAUUUACCGAUAGGAAAGGGAAACCUAUUGAUGCUACUGCCAAUGGGUGGUUUAACAUCAACGACAACGCUCUGGCUCCAACAACCAUUCCGGGAUGUCCAUAUCCAGAUCCUUGGAAUGCACUCAACGACACACUCCCAGCUGGUUGCCCGACAGGCGUCGCAAUGGCUAUUCCUGCAGUGAUUACACCACCUCCGACUCGACGCGGGUUAUGA